AUGUUGCAGAAGAUGCUGCUGGACAAGGCCAUCACCGUCCGCACAUGCGCAGGCCACGCGCUGGCCGACCUGGCGUCCGCCUCGCCCUCCUGCGUGGGCCAGGGCGGUGACGCGAUGGCCGUGGGCUGCCUGAAGCAGCUGGCCACAGACGUCCCCGCAGGCCAGUCCAGCCUGAGCUCUGAGUUCUGGUUCGCUUUCUCCCGGGCCCUUGCCCACGUCCUGGCGGCCAUGGCUACUCCGGGAGCGUCUGUGGAGGACCGGCCGAAGAAGAAGCUGGAGGUGACGGACUUGGCCUCAGCGGCUGCCUUCCUGGAGAAGGCCGCCUCGAAAGGGCCUCCGGCUGGCUCAAUGUUUGUCGCCUUCCGCGCUUCUAUCUGCCUCGCGGCCGUGCGGCUCGUGGAGGUUCUGCAGGUGUUCGACGCGCCCAGCAUCACCUUGGUCAUGCGUCUGCUGGUGGGCAUCCUGGACGGCCCCCAGCUGGCGAAGGCCAGCCGGAGCGCCGGCUCGGCCUCGGGCGCCGACGAGGAGAGCAUGGCGCAGGUGGGGCACUACGUCUCGGGCGCCCUUCGGCAGCUGCUGCAGCUGUCGGCCUCCGCUGGAGAGACCGUGCUGCUGGAGGUGAUCGAGACGGGACUGAUUCCCCUGGCCUCCUCUCAGGUCGAGAGCUCCCGGAGCACCGGCGCCCGCAUGGCCGUGGUCCUCGAGGCCCUGUCUAGCGGCUGUGCCGCGGCGGGCGAGGCCUUUCGCGGGGCCGAGGCCAAGAUUGCGAGGCCGCUGCUGCACCUCGUGGGCCACCACCCCAACCCCGCGGUGCAGCUCGGCGCCGCCUACUGCCUGCGCGCGGUCGCGCACGGCUCGCCGCCGCAGCUGUUCCAGAUCAUGAGCUCCCUGCUGAAGCUCGCGACCGUGCAGAACGCCGAGCUGCUCGGAACGCCAGUGCCCAGGGCGGGCGCGGGGCCGGACUUGACGCCGCUGAUGCACGGCCUGUUCGGCCACUGCGCGGCGCUUGCCUCCCUGGUGGGGGAGCUCUUCCACAGCGACCUGGGCGUGCCGCACGACGUGACCAAUGCCGUGCUCAACACCUCGCGCGCGCUGCUGCAGCCGCACCUGAACACGACGGUGAGCGCGCAGCGGCGGAGCUGCGCCUUCAUCCUGCUUGAGGGGCUGAUGUGCCUUGGCACGGACUGGGUCGGGCAAAGGCUGACCACGCUGUUCGCGCUGUGGAAGGCGGGGCUCGGCAAGAAGCCAGUGGACCGUGCGAAGCAUCAGCAGCAUGCGGCGGCGGCCUCCCAGGACGGCGGCGCGCAGGGCGGCUCCUCCGAGGCCUGCCGCGACGAGCUGCUCUCGCUGCUGUGCGCCCUGCGCUCGCUGUACGCGUUCACACUGCACUCGAACGAGACGCUGCUGGUCUCGCUGCCGCACUUGCACAAGAUCCUGGUCGUGUUCCUGACGCACGUCUCACAGCUCGUGGUGGCACUGCCGCACCCGGCGUCCCCGAGUUUCCGGGCAAGGCACAGGAGAGCGAGAACGGUGUCCCGGGACAAGCUCGUCCGAUCGUCACCCUCUCGGUGCAUUGCGAGAUCCCCGACGCCCUGCUGA